CACAGAACUUAAACACAGAGGAGAAGGGAAAAACAGUGUUAUGAUUCUGUUCCUACAAGGACAACAAAAAUGGCGCUGAUAGCCCCUUGAUGAGUUUGCGCAUUAGCAUGCAUUAGUAAAUGUUAUUUGUCAAUGACAUUGUUUAUUUUUUGUUUAAUUACAAUUUCUCAGUUUUUUCCUUUUUACCCUAGAUUUUUUUCUACGUUUUUGAAGUGUUAUCAUCAUGCCUGAAAGAUGUUUCAUUUGGUCUUGCCAAAGCAGUGGUAAACUCCCAAAUAUUUACUAUUUUCGCUUUGGUUCCAGGAAGGAACUAUGGCUUGAAGCCUUGGGAAUACCUGAUAAGGAUAUAAGUUCUAGGAAUCUUCUUUGUUCCAAACAUUUUGAUGCAUCAGAUGUUGUGUUUCCUGAUAGUGAACAUGGCAGAGUAAGGCUCAAACCAAAAGCUGUGCCCAAACAUUUCAUAAUCAAAAGGAAAUCAACUGACAUUCUUUCUUCUGAACCCCCGAAAAAAAAAGUUGCAAGGAAACACCAUGAUAUGUUGGAACAAGAACAACCUUCCACAUCCAUGAAUAAACAACCUAGUAAUAAUUAUGAAGCAGAAGUUGUUCAUAUCCCAAAGCACAUGAAAGAACAGCUUUCCAGUUCAACUGAUAGUGCUGGACUGAAGCAUACUCCUAAAAGAAAUAGGAGGCUAAUUAAAAAAAUUCAUACAUACAGGUGUGUACAUUUCCUUAUACUAAAGAAGCUAGCAAAGCCACUUUCGAUUUUCAACAUGAGACACAUUUCAUAAUUUUAGGCUCAUUUUAGGCUAAUUUAUUACCCCAUUCCCGAAUUUUUUGCUCCUCCCUAUCAUAGAAAAAUUUGUGGCUUUGCUAGCUUCGGCCGAACUCAGCAAAGCCAUUUUUGAAAAACAAUAUUUUUUGAAUAUCUGAUAUAGUGAGAAUGUUGUGCUCAUUUUAGGCUAAUUUAUUACCCUAUUCCCAAUUUUCUUGCUCCUCUUUAUCAUAGAAAAAUCUGUGGCUUUG